ACGGUCUACAGUGGCCACAGAGGUUCUGUAUUCCUGGAAUGGUGCGCUUGCGCGCGGUUCUUCGGAAUCGAGUGGGGAAGGACGGUUAAAAGGAAAGGGCGUCCUCCUGCGCCUUUUGUUAUGAGACACGAUUCCCCUUGGAGGACGGGCGGCCCAGCGCCGAGGUGUCCGUUGGGGCUGCGCUCUUUCUGCGGCCUGGGCGCCCUCACCCUGUCCUCGACGGCCCCCGGAGGCGGCUCCCUGAGCCUUGUGCGCGUUUUUUACCUGGGGCUGGUAGGGGAGGGACGGGCUCGUUGUGUGACAGCCCGAGGCCACCCGGCCCAGAAGAGGUGUGGGGUCCGACUGAACCCCCGAGUUUGCUCUUGGGAUUCCAUGGCGGCCGCGGCGCUGAUGGACCGGGCUGGGGGCUGUGUGACCUUCGAGGACGUGUUUGUGUGCUUCUCUCGGGAGGAGUGGGGGCUCCUUGAUGAGGCUCAGAGAUGCCUGUACCGUGAUGUGAUGCUGGAGAACUUUGCCCUCGUGUCCUCACUGGGUUGCUGGUGUGAAGUAAACCAUGAGGAGGCCCCUUCUGAGCAGAGCACUUCUGCAGAAGCGUUGCCGGUCAGGACUCUCAAGUCAGGUCCAUUUAUCCAGAAAGCCCACCUGUGUGAGCUGUGUGACCCACUCUUGAGAGACCUUUUGACCCUGGCUGGAUACCAGGGGCCAUUCCCCAUGCAGAAACAAUGCAUGCGUGGCCCAUGUGGGAGAGGAUUGGCAUUCAGGUCAAACUUUGACGAGCACCAGGAACAAAAUGGUGGAGAGAAGCCCAUCUGCGAGGACAGUGGUGGGGCCUCAUUGGGGAAGAGCUGUGCUGUCCACACAUUGGGCAGACCCUUUCCUUGCCGGGAAGACAGAAUGGACUUGCUGGACAACUCUGGCUUCCUCCAGCUCCAGACCCUUCACUGUGAGUCGAGUCCAUGCAAAAGGACCAGGUUCACAGAGUCUUUCCCACCCAGCACCAGCCUCAGGCAACUGCAGGGGGAUCUCGACGCACUUACGCUUUUUGGUUGCAACGACGAUGGGAGAGCCUUCCUGAGCACCUUUACUCUGCUUAACAAACAGAUGACUUAUACUGAAGAGAAGCCUGUGAGUUGCCCGCCAUGCGGAAAUGUGUCCAAGGAGAAAUCGGCUCUUAUUUACCCCCGGAAAGUUCACAAUGGAGAAACAUCCCAUGUGUGUAAUGAGUGUGGGAAGGCCUUCAUUCACCUGUCCCACCUAAAAGUGCACCAGAAACUUCACACUGGGAAGAGACAUUAUACAUGCAGUGAGUGCGGCAAGGCCUUCAGCCGCAAAGACACGCUUGUCCAGCACCGGAGAGUCCACACUGGAGAGAGGUCUUAUGACUGCAGCGAGUGUGGGAAAGCCUACAGCAGAAGCUCCCACCUUGUCCAGCACCAGAGAAUCCACACCGGAGAGAGGCCUUACCAGUGCAGUGAGUGUGGGAAAGCCUUCAGCCGCAAAGACACACUCGUUCAGCACCAGAGAUUUCAUACUGGAGAGAGACCAUAUGAGUGCAGCGAGUGCGGGAAAUUCUUUAGCCAAAGCUCCCACCUUAUUGAGCACUGGAGGAUUCACACUGGGGCAAGGCCCUACGAAUGCAUCGAAUGCGGGAAAUUCUUUAGCCAUAACUCCAGCCUUAUUAAACAUCGGAGAGUCCACACAGGAGCAAGGUCCUACGUGUGCAGCAAAUGUGGGAAGGCUUUUAGCUGCAAAGACACUCUUGUCCAGCACCAGAUAAUCCACACCGGAGCAAGGCCAUUUGAGUGCAGCGAGUGUGGCAAGGCCUUCAGCCGCAAGGACACCCUUGUGCAACACCAGAAAAUUCACACAGGGGAGAGGCCUUAUGAGUGUGGUGAGUGUGGAAAAUUCUUUAGCCACAGCUCCAACCUGAUUGUGCACCAGAGAAUCCACACUGGGGCAAAGCCUUAUGAGUGCAGUGAGUGUGGGAAAUGCUUCAGCCACAACUCCAGCCUCAUCCUGCACCAGAGGGUUCACACUGGAGCAAGGCCUUAUGUGUGCACUGAGUGUGGAAAAGCUUACAUUAGCAGCUCCCACCUUGUUCAACACAAGAAAGUCCACACAGGAGCAAGGCCUUAUGAGUGCAGCGAAUGUGGGAAAUUUUUUAGCCGCAACUCUAGCCUCAUCCUGCACCAGAGGGUUCACACAGGAGAGAAGCCUUAUGUGUGUAGUGAGUGUGGGAAAGCCUACAGCCGGAGCUCCCAUCUGGUGCGGCACCAGAAAGUUCAUAGUGGAGAAAGGCCUUGUGAUAGCAACAGUUUGGGUAGCCCUUUAGCUGUGUCUCUUAAACUUCUUUAACACCAGAAAGUUCACACUAGAAAAAAAGCCUUAUGCAUGCACAAAAUGCGCUGUCUCCUCAUUCAGCCUCAGGACUCACAGCAGAGGAAAGCUUUGUGAGUACCUGUGGUGCUAAGGGAGCCUUGAACCAGCAGGUGUACCUUGUGCAUUCAUGCGUCAGCCUGGUUCCAUUCCCAGGAAGUUCCAUGUACAUACAUGGCACUUUCUGAACUGUCCAGGGCUCUUGACAGUUAUAUCAGUGCCGGUGCCUGUGACAGAAGCCACCUCUGUUGCCAGCUGUCAGGGUCCUACAGUGUGUCAAUCACUCCAACAUGCUCAGGGAAGGCAGACCCCUGCUGCUCUCUCUUAGUCCCUAGAAAGAAUCAUGAGCUUUCUGAGCCCAUUGAAGGUCUUCACUUUCUCUCCAAUGACUGGGUUCUGAGUGGUGUGAUGUAGCUCUGGGCACAAGGACUUGAGCAGGAAACUGCUGGGAUUUCCAGACAAGAUUUUUCUCAUUGACAAUGUCAGCUGUAAACACAAGGGCUGUAACUCUUCGUCCUGCUUCCCAACCACCCACCGUUGGAACCACCUGCCCCAUGCUUCCCUGGUUCACACAGUGGUACAGGCCUGCUGUGGCCGUCUGGACUCUUCGGGAGCCUGUUCACUGUGCGACGUGGACUGAGAGAAAAAUGGGUUCUGCCAGCAUGAAGGGAGGAAUGGCUUUUGUUGGCACCAACUUUAUGUGCCUGAGAAGGGACAGCAGGAUGGCAGCAGAUAGAUCUCAGUCUAUUGUGAUCUGAUUUGCACUGUUGUCCAAGGUUUGUCGGAAAAGACUGAAGAGCUUUGUGUGCCUAAUCCUGUGGCCUGGAGUCUGGAUUUCCUGGAAGCCUGGAGUUCAUUCUGAGAAGGUCAUAGCUGAUGUGAAAAACCUCCAGUGCUUCUGGAAGCAACAUGAAUUGGGUCCCUUUUUCUCAGGAAAUCCCCCCAUACUCCCCAGCACUUUUGAGGGAUUUCUGUCUCCUGGACCUAAUGUACUAUCUCCGAUGUCCAGAGUCCCAUGGGCAGGUGUCAUUGACUGGAAGGCUUACAGGGCAAGGUGCGAAUCAUAAUUUGUAUAGAAAUAUUUAGAUCAUUGAGUGGAGAUAACUGGCAAAUGAGAGGGUAUGUGUUUAUCCUAAGGGAGUCAUCUGUAAAUGUGCAAUUGUGCCUCUGUGGGAUGGGAGUGUGCAGAAACUCUCAGGGCCUUCAGUGUUCAAAAGGUUUGUGGAUUCCUCUACCUCCCUGGGCUGUUCAUGUCAUGGCCAUCACUGCACCAGCACUGAUAGAAGUCCAGGGGUAGGGUUUCUGGGACCCAACCAGUAGUCCUCGUGUACAAGGUAGAAAUGGACUUCAUUGCUCUCUAGUUUUUGCUGACAUUGAGAAGGGCUCACCUUCCUAAAUUGGGGGGCAAGGGCAGAUGUGUCCUUCCAAAAGGAUGGUAAAUAUGCUUGUUUCUUAUUGAGAUAUGAUUGACAUGAAAUAAACUGCACAAAUGCAAAGUGUAAAGUGUUUCAGCAUGUGUAUGUACCUGAGAAACCACCACCACAGUUAAGAUCAUAAAUAUGUCCAACAACACAAAGGACUCCUUUCCUCCCAAUACUUUUCUAAACUUAUUUCUCAACAAUUCACAAGCAGCAGCAAGCAUUUUGUAGAAUAUGCUAUCUGGGGAGUGGGGACUUGGGUUUCUUAAAUUAACUAUGACUAUUUUGAGAUCAACCCAUCUUGUUACAUAUAGCAAUAGUAUGUUUGUAUUUUGGGAUGUUAUUCCAUUGUAUGGAUAUACAACCGUUGUUUUUUAUCCAUUCAGCUAUUAGUGGAUAUCUGGGUUGUUUCCAGUUUUGGACUAUUACAAAUAAAGCUGCUGUGAAGAUUUAUGUAUGUUAUCACUGAAUAACAUUCCAUUGUCUGAAUGUACCACAUUUUAUCCACUUAACCAAUGAAGGACAUCUUAGUUGCUUCCAAGUUUUGUUUAUGAAUAAACAUUCAAUAUAUAUUUAUGGUUUUAUGGGGAUAUAAAUUUUCGGUUUUUUUAAGUUCAAGCCAGCAAGCAUGACUUGCUAGAUCAUACAGUAAAAGUAUGUUCAGUCUGGUAAGAAAUUGUCUUCCAGAGUGGCUGUACCAUUUUGCAUUCUUACCAGCAAUGAACAAGAGUCAUUCCUAUUUCUCCAUGUUCUUAUCAACAUUUGGUGUUCAGUGUUUUGGAUUUUAGCCAUUUAAAUAGAUUUAUUGCUUUAAUUUGCAAGUCCCUAAUAACAGAUGAGUAUCUUUUCAGAUUAUCUUUUGCACAACACAAAGAUUUUAUUUUAAGUCCAAAUUAUCCAGUUUAUUUUUUCAUGGGUUGUUUUUGGUGUAUUUGAAAAGUUAUUGCCAAAUACAAAGUUACCUACAUUUUCUAUUGCUACCUUGUAGGUGUUCUAUAGUUCCAUAUUAUACAGUUAGUUCUAUUACCAUACUCCCCCCCCCUUUUUUUUUGAGAGAGAGAGAAAGAGGGAGGAAGGAACAGAGGGAGAAAUAGAGGGAAACAUUGAUCAGUUGCCUCUCCUAUAUGUCUCCACUGGGGACAGAACUGCAAUGCAGGCAUGUGUCCUGACUGGAAAUUGAACCUGUGACCUUUUGGUUUACAGGACAACACCCAAACAACUGAUCUGUACCAGCCAGGGCUAUAAACCGUUUUUUUUUUUUUUCUUUUAUCCAUUUUGAGAAAGUAUGAAAGGUGUAAGAUCUGUAUCUUGAUCACUUUUUUAAUGUGACAAUGUUCAAUAAGUAGUUUCAGCACUAUUUUUUUUAAUGUUACUAAGAGUUUAUCUGAGCCAAAACUGAGAACAAUUGCCAAGAAGAUCUCAAAUGCUCCCCCAGCACCAUUUGUUGAAAAUACUACCCUCUCUCCAUUGAAUUGCCUUUGCUUGUUUUUCAAAGAUCAGUUGACUGUAUAGGUGUGGAUAUAUGUCUAGAUUCAAUUCCAAAUUUUUACAUCAAUAUAUUGAGAUAAUCAUU